CCCAGAAGACAUAAAGGUUGGCGGACACUAUGAACAAUGGGAUUACUUUCUCUGUGUUCCUGCGUAGAGGUUUAAUAAAAAAGAAAAAAAAAAGAAAUGCGCACGAGUCACACAUUAGCAAUAUUCUGUGCACUGUGCAUAAUCGUCGAGUGCAGUGGAACUAUUUCAACCCGAGUUGCUAGAACACUUCCGUUCGAUAUGUUCCCUUCAAGAUGGACAGCUAUGCUUCGAACAUUGUGGACUAAUGGAAGAUUUUGGGAAUGGCCAAGAAACGGUGUAGAAACUUUUCUAAGAAUUAUAGCUUCUCCGGAUACUAGAAAAAAGAUGAUGUUCGAAUUUAGACCAGAAGACGGGCCUCGAGCCUCGCUUGAUUAUCAAAGACGUUAUGGCUAUCGGGGUCAGUGGUUGAUCGAAUUACUGGGUUCCGGUUUUCAUCCAGAUGACGUAUCUUAUCGACAACCGUUACCUCCUUCCGUGUUGGUACCACCACCACCAUCUUUUUGA